AUGAGCACCCAGAUCAACCAGAAUUAUUCCGCCAAGGUGGAGGCUGCACUCCAAUACGUGGUAAACCUGCAUCUGCAGGCCUCCUACACCUACCGCUCUCAGUGCUUUCAUUUUGAAGAUAACAAUGUAGCUCUGAAGGGCAUGGGCAUCUUCUUCCAAGAGUUGGCUGAGAGGAAGCGUGAGGGUGCCCAGCGUCUCUUGAAGAUGCGAAACCAGUGGAGCGGCGACCCCCUCCUCUCGGAUGGGCAGCUGUCUGAGGAUCCGUGGCGUGGCGGUGUGGAUGCUAUGGAAGCCGCAAUGGCCUUGGAGAAGAACCUGAACCAGGCCCUUCUGGAUCUGCAUGCCCUGGGUUCUGCCAACACAGAUCGUCGUCUCUGUGAGUUUCUGGAGAAGCAUUUCCUGGAUGAGGAGAUGAAACUCAUCAAGAAGAUGGGUGACCACCUGACUAACCUCCGCAGGCUGUCUGGCCCCCAGGCCGGGCUGAGCGAGUAUCUCUUCGAAAGGCUCACCCUGAAGCACAACUAG